AUGCUUGAGCAAAGAAACGAGGGAAAACUGAUUGAGAUCGGAAAAAAUUACAUCCUAACACAAGUGUUUGUCAGUCUAGAUUUGGUAGCCAUUCUAGAGUCAAUACAACAGAAGUUGAGGCACCAAUUGACAUUUCUCCAGAAGUCUACUCCAGAUGUUGAGGUUCCAAUUUACACUACUCCAGAAGUUGAGGCACCGAUUGGCACUAGUACUUUGUAUGAGACACCUACACCUUCACCUUCUAUUCAUCCUGAGCCACUGAAGAAAGAUGUUAAGUGCAAAUUAUACGUUGGGCAAAGUGGUGAUGUUGUGGCUCUUGGACGGGUGGUGGCUACCAAAGGCAAUGUACAUGGGAAAAUUUUAGCACCUGGUAACUAUUGCAUGGCUGUUGAUAAAUGUCUAGAUGGGAGUGCGAAACUACCUGUCUCAGUUGGGGAUGACAUGACUUUUGUGGUUCAUGCAGUCAACAAUUAUGUUGCUUGGCCAUCGCAUCUGAUCAUUACUUAUGACCAUGAACAGGUAACAAAAGUUUUGAUAGAAAAUUGAAUGUAUUUUGUGAUAUUUUAUCAGUAGAGUGCGACUUUUAUAUCAUAAGAAUGAUGAAGGACUAUUGCUUGAAUGAGACACCCAUGCGAUGGCUAACUAGUAAUGUAAGUGUAUAUAUAAUUAUUGAACUACAAUUCUAUUGAAUUUAAUUUCUCACUUAGUUUUUUAUUUUGUGUUUUGUAUUGUGGUGGUAAGAAUACAUAUACACUUGGCAAAAUUAAUGAAACUCGAAAUGAAUGGGCAGCCAAGCUUCUUUAACGGAUGAGUCAUAGCUAGAGUAACUUUUGAAAUCAGAAUUAAAAAAUAUACUAGUUGUAGAUUUUAGUUAGCACUUACAUAGUUAUUGCA